AUGGCCGAAGACGCAGACAUGCGCAAUGAGCUGGAGGAGAUGCAGCGGAGGGCUGACCAGCUUGCUGAUGAGUCACUGGAAAGUACCCGUCGUAUGCUGCAACUGGUUGAAGAGAGUAAAGAUGCUGGUAUCAGGACUUUGGUUAUGUUGGAUGAACAAGGAGAACAACUGGAACGCAUUGAGGAAGGGAUGGACCAAAUCAAUAAGGACAUGAAAGAAGCAGAAAAGAAUUUGACGGACCUAGGAAAAUUCUGCGGGCUUUGUGUGUGUCCCUGUAACAAGCUUAAAUCAAGUGAUGCUUACAAAAAGGCCUGGGGCAAUAAUCAGGAUGGAGUGGUUGCCAGCCAGCCUGCUCGUGUGGUGGAUGAACGGGAGCAGAUGGCCAUCAGUGGUGGCUUCAUUCGCAGGGUAACAAAUGAUGCCCGAGAAAAUGAAAUGGAUGAAAACCUGGAGCAGGUGAGCGGCAUCAUUGGAAACCUCCGUCACAUGGCCCUGGAUAUGGGCAAUGAGAUUGAUACACAGAAUCGCCAGAUCGACAGGAUCAUGGAGAAGGCUGAUUCCAACAAAACCAGAAUUGAUGAGGCCAACCAACGUGCAACGAAGAUGCUGGGAAGUGGUUAAGUGUGCACACCUGUGCUCUCCAAAUGCUGUUGGGGAAGAUAGCUCCUUCAUGCUUUUCUCAUGGUAUUACCUAGUAGGUCUUGCACACUCAACACACACACAUCAGCCCACCCCCGUUGUGAAUGUUGUCCUGUGUGUCACCUGUCAGCUUCCUGACAAUAUGAUGUGUCUUCUGCUCUCUUUUCUUUCCAAAGGUUGUAUAUAAUAGUCAUUUGGUGGCUCUAACUCUCUAUGUAAAAUGUCUUUUGGGUUUUGAUUUUUUCCUUUUUUCUCCUCAGUGGCGUUUGCUGAAUGACAACAAUUUAGGAAUGCUCAAUGUGCUGUUGAUUCUUUCAAUACACAGUAUUGUUCUUGUGCAACUGUGACAUUCCACAGAGCUACUGCCACUGUCCUUUCUUUGAGUGUCAGGCUCUGAAUCUCUCAAUGUGUGCAGUCUUCAGUUCCUCAUGGCUGUUAUCUGUCUUUAUGAUUUCAUAAUUAGACAAUGUGGAAUUACAUUAACAGGCAUUGCACUAAAAAGUGAUGUGAUUUAUGCAUUUAUGCAUGAGAACUAAAUAGAUUUUUAGACUCCUACUUAAACAAAAACUUUCCACAACAGUAGCAUACUGACGAUAAAAAAGGCAUACACACACACACACACACACACACACACACACACACCAGAAACAACAAAACAAAACGCAUGCUCAGUAUUGAGACACUGUCAAGAUUAAGUUUACCAGCAAAACCUGCAGUAGUGUCACUUUCUUUCUGUCAACAUAUAGACUUAUCAACCAUGAUCAUCUUUUUUUUUUAAAAAGUUUUUUUUUUAAAGAUGGAUUUAACACACUCACCAUUGAGUCAUUUCUAGCAAAAUAUAUGUUUGGCUGAAACUCUGUGAAAUGGGUGUAAUAUAGGGUCCCUUUGUUGCUUUGGAAGGCGAUGUUUUGGAGAUAGCAGUCUUUCUGUGAAACAGUGUGGAUAUGUAAAUUUUGUAAGGCAAACUCUGGCUGAUCACCAUUCUCCUCACCCCCCCUGGCUUUCUUAUCAGUACAGAUCUUUGUUGCUUAACCUAGAGCUAUGCACACCAAAUUGCUGAGAUGUUUAGUAACUGAUUAAAAAAUCUUUAGAAAAUAAUAUAAAUGAAUGAAAUAUAGAUAAACUGUGAGAUAAAUAUCAUUACAGCAUGUAAUACU